AUGACUGCCUUGACGAUAGAACAAAAGAAGAUCCAAUAUUCCCGCCAACUCUACGAGUAUACCGAAAAGCAAUGUAAAGCGGCGAGGAGUCGUAUGAGCUCAACAAAGGCGGCGCCGGAAAGUCACGGUCAUCGAAAACCCCACCGAGCGGAUGCUGAGGCGGACGGAGCCGACGAAGAUGGCCUCAGGACGCCAAAAGCAGAGAGUAAAACCACCAGUGAGCUCGUCUUGUUCCAGUUUGUGCGAGGACCUGAUUUACACAGAACCCAACAAGACAGCAGCCUCCGCGACCGCAUCAACAAAGCGUGGCGGCGUCUCUAA